AUUUAAGGUCGUUUAUUUUAUUCAUUAACCCUACUAAAACAACAACCAUCUACCAAUAUCCUCAUUCCGCCGCCGCCGCCGUGAGAAAUGAAGCUCCCUGCUCUCUCCCUCCACCACAACCACCUCACUACUCCCUUCCUCCACAAAACCACCACGCUCCCCGUUUCCCGCUCUGCCCCCUUCGCCGUCCGCAUGUCCCUCCGCGAGGACGGCCCCUCCGUCGCCAUCGUCGGAGUCACCGGUGCCGUCGGCCAGGAGUUCCUCUCCGUCAUUUCUGACAGAGACUUCCCCUACCGCUCCCUCAAGCUACUCGCCUCCAAGCGCUCCGCCGGCAAAUCGGUCAAUUACGAAAAUCGCGAUUACGUCGUUGAGGAAUUGACGGAGAACAGCUUCGAUGAUGUCGACAUUGCCCUGUUCAGCGCUGGAGGUAGCAUAAGCAAGAAGUUUGGCCCGAUUGCGGCGGGGAAGGGCACCAUUGUGGUGGAUAACAGCUCAGCGUUCAGGAUGGACGAGGGGGUUCCGCUCGUGAUACCGGAGGUUAAUCCGGAGGCUAUGGAGGGAAUCAAGCUCAGGAGUGGGAAAGGGGCGCUCAUUGCCAAUCCCAAUUGUUCCACAAUUAUUUGUCUCAUGGCUGCCACGCCCUUGCAUCGUCGUGCAAAUGUAAUUCGUAUGGUCGUCAGUACAUACCAGGCCGCAAGUGGUGCAGGUGCCGCAGCAAUGGAGGAGCUGGAACUGCAGACUCGUGAGGUACUGGAAGGAAAAGAGCCCACCUGUAACAUCUUUAGGCAGCAGUAUGCCUUCAAUUUGUUCUCACAUAAUGCACCCAUUCUUUCAAAUGGAUACAAUGAAGAGGAGAUGAAACUAGUGAAAGAGACAAGGAAGAUAUGGAACAAUAAGGAUGUCAAAGUUACUGCCACCUGUAUUCGAGUACCUGUCAUGCGUGCUCAUGCUGAGAGUGUGAAUCUUCAAUUUGCGACGCCUCUAGAUGAGGCUGCGGCAAGGGAGAUUCUGAGCAAUGCCCCUGGUGUAGUGGUGAUUGAUGAUCGUUCAGCGAACAACUUCCCCACACCACUAGAAGUUUCUAACAAAGAUGAUGUUGCAGUAGGAAGAAUACGACAAGAUGUGUCUCAAGAAGGGAACUACGGGUUGGACAUUUUUGUUUGUGGAGAUCAAAUACGCAAGGGUGCUGCACUAAAUGCCGUCCAGAUUGCUGAAUUGUUGCUGUAGAAUUGUACUUGUAUUUGUUUUACUAAAUUAUGGUGAGAAAUUUUGUAUGUUGAUUAACUUCUUCGGCUAUGUAGCAAAAACUCCUGUGUUUUGUAGUUUACUGCCUUAUUUUUUUUCAAUAAAACGGAGUAUUUUGGUUUGGGAAA